GCAAGGAACGACUUCACUGUCUACUAGUGCAAACGAAGCACACGGAAUGGCAUCGUGCGCCCGACCCGUGUUCAAAUCCGCCGUCAAGGCGGCGAUCAAAAAGCAAGUCGAAGGCGGCAAUUUUCAGGAUCACAUCCCGAAAACCAUGGCCGUUUCCGACGCUCUGAAAAAGACGGACCUCGCUAGCAUCAAUGUUCACGAAAUCCACAUCAGCGAAGAAGGUCACUCAGUUUCGGAAGGGAAGACAAUCCACGGCAACGAAAUGGUGAAAAACCAUCUGGGAAGAAGUGGCAGCAUCUGCUUCGUCGUUCGUCGUCCAGGGUGACCGUGGUGUCGCGAGCACGCUUUGACAUUGUCAGUGCUCGCGGCAGAAUAUCCUGAGAAACUAGACGGUUUUGAACUUUUCGCGGUGGUCAAGGAAACCGGAGUGGACGACGAGGGAUUAGCAUCGUUUCAGCACUCAGCAUUUCCCUAUUCAAUCUACCGCGACGAUUCACAUGCGCUUUACAAAGCUCUAGGAAACCGCAAGAUUGGGUUGUUUUCAUUAGUGAGGCUCUUGGCCAACUUUUCCUUGAUGAAGCGCUUAAAGGAAAAGGAAAUUGAUGGGAACACCAAAGGCGAGGGAUUCAAAAAGGGUGGUUUAAUCGUAUUCGGAAAGGAUGGCGAACCCCGAGCAAUGCUCAAGGAAGAAACCGGCCAAGAUCUUCCAGUUGUUGAUAUUGUGUCCACGCUCAAUGCGUUGCGGAAUGAAUAGACUGGAGUUUUGAUCGAGGGGUGACAGGCGACUGGAAAGUCAAAGUAUUGAAUGAAAAAGCAAGCACGGCUGGGCUUUUAUCGCUUUCGGCGGCUCGCUUUUGAACAAAACGAUUGAUUGCCUAUGUUCUGCCAUAAAACCCCACGCAUAGCUAGAUUGUUACUACGACGAUAGC